CAAGUUUAUUAUUAGAGCGCUCGUUCGGACCGGGUCGCACGGCCGUGAUUUGUCCGAUGGCGGUGAUAUACCGAAAUACCCGCGCAAUAAACGAACAUCCAACGUCGUACAAAGGCGCGACAUUAGGCACUCGUGCUAACUCUCCACGCCGCUCACCACGGCCGGCACCAUACGCGACAUCUACACGACGCGCCUUUGCUGUGCCAUCAUCGUCGCCGUGAUAUCAAGCUAGUCUACUAUCAUAGGGUAUGGCAACCACUUCGAGGAGUAGAAGAAAGCAAGAAGAUGAGAAAAAAAAUAAAAAGAAGCAGUCUCCCGUGGACGAUCGACCCUCCGUACCAGCGCCAAGCGAGGCAUUGCUCAAUAAUCUCCGAACAGCAUUCGGUCUGUUGGAUAGGGAUAGCGACGGUCACGUAACGCCGGCGGAGCUGCAGUUUAUGCUGCGCAACCUAGGCAUCGAGGUCAGUGACGACCUCAUAGCCGAUCUUAUUAAGGAUGCCAGUAAAACUGGAAAUGGUUUAAUAGAUGAGAACGAGUUCAUGCAGUGGGUGACAAAGAUUCAGGCACUGCAAGGGCUAGAUGUUACAACGACAGGAGGGGAUUCGGAAGAAGAAAUAACGAGAGAUUUGCUGGCAGCAUUCAAAGUGUUCGACCGCGAUGACAACGGAUACAUAACGCGGGACGAGCUGCGCUCAGCGCUGGAGAUGAUAGGAGAGCCUGUGACGGACGCACAACUCAACCAAGUGCUGGCGCUCGGAGACAUCGACCACGAUGGUCGCAUCGAUUAUGAAGAGUUUGUCAAGAUGCUGUUGUAAUGAAAAUGAUCAUUGAAAAAGAACGACCUCACUAGAUAUAUUGGUAGCUGAUUGACGACUAUUGUCAUCGAUGUUUUGCAGACGUCUCGUCGUAGUUAGUUCAGUAGUUAUUGUAACUGGAUACUGUCCAAGGAUCGAGUUAGGUUAAUUUACUUAUUUAUAGAUUUUUAUAGGUUAUAGAUAUAACCGUGUACCGAUAGAUGAAAUCAUUAAAGGCUUCAUUCAUAGAUAGGAAAGCGGAUUAAAAUAUUUGUCUAAUGUUUGUUAACGUUUUGAAGUAACUCUUGUUAUUGUUAUAUUUUUUAAUGUCUGCCUUUCAAUAUGAGGCUAAAACAGUAAAUAAAUUUACAUAUUAUGUAUAUUAAAAAAAAACUUAUCUUAAGUUGUUAUAGCCUAACCUACGUCAGUAGGCUACGUCACGUACAUAGAACAUUCGAACAGUUUUUUUAUUAUUAUUUAUACCUAAACUGCAAAAAUGUUUGCGGUUUUCGUCUGUAAGUCUUUUUAGUCAAUAAAAUUAGAGGUAUUUUUAUAAGCAUGAUAAUAUUGCAAGCGCUUUUUACAACGACAGAGCGAUCUCCAUUUGGACUUAAUACGACUGAUAACAUAAAAAAAAUAUUCUUCGAUGUUUUUUAUUUUCUCUACAUUGUACUUACUUGAUAAAAUAAAAAAAAAAAAAUUUAAAAUGGACUCUUAAGGCACUAUGAAAUAUUAAAAUUAAUAACAUUGCAAUAAAAGCUUUUUGGCAAAAAGUAAUUUUAGGUUAAUAAAUCAAAGCUACUUAUGUAUUACUUUGGUUAUCAUAAAAUAUUGUAAUUUUAUGGUUGUGAAAGAUAAUUUAUAUCAGAAGAGUUGUAUAUAUUACAUCACUUCAAUGUUUAUUUAUAUAAAAUCGAAUGGAGUUUAUAAGUUCAGUUCGAACACAAAGUGCCCCGUGCCGCACACCUUAUAGUUUAUUUAAAAUAAAAAAGGCUUGCUUUGUAAAGAGUAUUACAAAUGUGAACUACUAUGAAAUUUUAUUACAGUUAUUUUGUAUCAGCUUCUAAAUAUUUGUAGUUAAAAAAAAAGGUCACGUUUGCAAUACUUUAAAAAAAUAGCCUUUGAAAGGCACGUGAUGUGGAUUAUUCGUGAUCAAAUAAAUAUAAAUAAUUUUUUUA